ACACAGUGAAUCUCUUUGUUAAAAAAAUAUUUAAAUACAAAUUUUGUUAGAAGUAUAACAAGCAUAAUUCAAACAGAAAUGUGAUAAACGUCCACAUACAUAUAUAUAUGCGUCCACAUAUAUUUUAAAGGUGGGUGUGUUUCAGGAAAUGACAGAGGACAGUUAUGUAUUUCUGUACCUCUUACAUUUCAUUGUAAAGUUGUGUGGGUAUAGGACAUGCGUGUGAAAUACUUUCUUCAGUGUUUAAUGAUUUUCAGUGCACUUGUGCCAAGUGGAUCAAACUGCUUACAGUCAUGUAGGAAUAUUACUCUAAAUAUUCAGCUGGGCUCGCAGGUGUUGUUCCCAUGCACCUUUUUGGACAGUAAAGAAACCAAGGAAGCAAAAUGGAGCCAUAAUUCCAGCCUCCUGAGCAUCGGACCUAAUGGAACCAUCAACUUUGAUGAUCCUAGGGAUGGAAAAAUAAUAGUAUUCCCCUACCUUUUCUAUAGAGGAAACUUCUCCAUCCUCGUUCAUCAGCUCCAGGCCUCUGACCUGGGCAUGUACUGCUGUCAACUGAGCCAGGAAUGCCAGAGAGUUGAAGUAAAGCUCUUGUCAGAAGGUUCGAAUUUCUCCUGGUACUACAUUGCUGCUGGAGUUGGAAUAUUUAUUCUGCUUGUGAUCGUAUUUAGUCUUGUCUAUAAACUCAGAGCAGGAAAGCGUUCAAAAAGAUCAUCUGGUUCCUAUUAUAUCAACACAAGUCCCAAAGAGCAAAGAACAGAACAAACACAGAGUGUUGAGAACGCCAGGGUUGAUGAGUGUGAUGGUGAGUAUGAAGACCUACAGAGUGAUACACACGAGGCGGAUUAUGAAAACACAAUGGGAGAAGAGCAUGAUGGCCAAUAUGAAGACACAGUGAGUGAAGAACAGGAUGAUUAUGUAAACAUUGAGGGAAGAAAUUCUAAGGAACAGUUUGAAGAUAUUCACAGUGAGAACCCAACUGAACACCAUUUGGAGAGAGAUACGCCAGGUCACCGUGAUAUCUAUGAAAACGAUAAACAUGGUCUGAAACAAAAGUCAGAAUUCCCCCCGAAAGCAGCAUUCAGAAAAAUGACAAAUCAGCAGUCAGUUUCCCAAAGACUAUACUAUGCCAAUUCUUCAGAGAUACAAAAGUCUGCACAUGUUGAGAAAAGAAAAAAAGACAAAGCUGAAUAUCAAUUCAAAAAUCCAUUAUAUGACCAAACUCCAACACACAAUAUAUAGACAUCUUCCAAUUCACUGUGCAAUAUGCCUGUUAAAAUAACUGUACUAUAAUAUUCUGUUAAUUAUUGUUCCACUAGAUUUGUGAAUAUAGUAUAAUAUAAUAUGCGAGUAUAAUAUAAUAUAAUAUCAUAUAAAUUGGUCCUAAGCUCUGUUUCCAUUCUGAUAAUUAUAUGCUGAAAAUCUGUAAUUUUUUUUUCUGAGGCUUGUAAUUAGACCUAUGUGGCGUUUGGCAUUCAGCAUGCAUGUUUGUUAUAGAGUCGAUGUUAAUCAAAUGAUCAAAAAUUAAAAGGAUUUCAGUGCAUAGAAUUUUAUUCAGUAGAAUAACACAAUAGCAAAUUCCAUUAGAUUAGAUUUUGACAUUUUGAAAUUCAUCAUGGUUACACAGACUCAGGCUAGUGGGAAGAUGGCAAGAAGCUGCAACAGAAAAUACCAAGAGACAGUGGAAAAACCCUGAUAUAUAUACAUAUAUAUAUUUAUUAUAAUUUUUGUAUUUCUGAGCUUUGCUUAGUUUUAACUUAUGCCUGUUUUCAUUACAUAUUAAAGAUUACCUGUGGUUUGUCAACACAAUGAAUUUAUGUUAAUAAA